GCUUGAUGCGAGCCUUAGUGAGACCUAUCUUAUGUGUGUCUGAGGAUGCUUUGUGCACGGAAGCGUGUGGCAUGCAUGCAUGCAUGGGAGCAAAGCAAAUGUUGAGUCUCGUGGUUCUUGCGAGUACGCAUUACGAUUGUAAUGGCAGGUACAAUUUCCUAAUAUUAAUCUCCUUGGCUACAGUGUGAGGGGAGGCAGUGAGACUGUGAAGUGCCCCUCUUGGUGCCUGGCACCUUGCAGGUCCUCAGCAUAUAUUUGUUGAUUAAAAAAGUGAAUGAAUGAUAGGGCUGGGGUUGUGGCUCAGCUUGCCUAUCACGUGUGAGGCCCUAGGUUUGAUCCUGGGUUAAAAAAAAAAAAGAUGAAUGAAUGAGUUCCUGUGUGGCAACCACAUGUGCUGGUUGUGAAAGAUUCCAACUCUUAUAUUGGGGAGGAUAUAAACACACAUACAACACAUGUGUUGGUAUUGAAAUCAGCAUUUAUUGACUGAUUUAAAAAAUAAUUAUCAGUCCAUGCCUGGCACUUGUUGAAUUUAAGGCUGCAGUGUGGCAGAAGGGAGAGGGUGGUGUGGCCUGUAUGGCUGACUCUCUGAGGUAGCACUUGAGCUGGGGAUGGAGAUGCUGUUUCUGGCUUUUUCACAUCAGGAAACUGAUGUCUGUGGACAGGAAAUAUCUGAUAGAAAAAGCUUUUCAAAUAUGUUCUUGAUUGUACUGAAAUAGAAAUAUUGUUGAAAUUCACCUAGCUCCUGUAUUUGGAGGGCUGAUGGUCUGUUCUUCCUAUUUUGAAAUCUUUGUGUGCAUGUAUUAGUUUCCUUAGGCUACAAUAACAAAAUAUCCUAUACUAGGGGGGUUUAAUAGAAAUUUAUUUUCUCACAGUUCUGGAGGUUUCAAGUCAAAGAUCAAGAUGUCAGCAGUUUAGGUUUCUUGUAAGGUCUAAUGUGGCUUUUUCUUUGUGAGCAUCACUGGUGUCUCUUACAAGACCAAUCAUAUUGGGUUCAGGCUCCAUCUUUAUGAUCUCAUUAUUUAACCUUAUUAACCUCUGAAAAGAUACUGCCUCCAAAUAUAGUCAUAUUCUGAGGUAUUAGAGACUAGGGCUUCAACAUAAGAGUUUUGGGGAUCACAGUUCAGUCCAUUACAAGGGGAUUUACUUUAGGGGUGUGUGUGUGUGAGAGAGAGAGAAAGACGACAGUGGGGUGUGUUUGGAAUGUAAGGGAUACAAGCAAAGAUGGAAUUAAAUUUUCCUUCAUCUUGUUUUAGCUUGGGUUUAGGGUAUCUUGCUACAUUUUACAAAAAUUGGUACCAUAAUUCGGAACCCCAGAAUGCUCAUGUCUCACUUUUCUCAUGUUCAACAGCCUGCAAGUCUGGUUAUGGGACAGGCAUGGAGAUCUGGGGCUGACUGAGUCGUGUGCAUUAUACUUCUUAUUGUGCCUUUGAUCUGACCUUUCCUAGGGUGCAAAUAGCUAUGGCCAACUUGGCCUUGGCCAUAAGGAGGAUGUGCUUUUGCCCCAGCAACUGAAUGACUUCUGUAAACCUGAGUGUGUCAGGAGGAUCACAGGAGGAGGGGGCCACUCUGCAAUUGUCACAGAUGGAGGAGGCCUUUUUGUUUGUGGCCUGAACAAAGAUGGGCAGCUGGGACUUGGUCACACAGAGGAUGUUCUGUAUUUUACCCUCUGCAAAUCCCUUCUUGGAUGUCCUAUCCAACAGGUGGCCUGUGGCUGGGAUUUUACUAUUAUACUCACAGAAAAUGGUCAAGUUCUAUCAUGUGGAUCCAAUUCCUUUGGCCAGUUAGGAGUCCCUCAUGGGCCUCGAAGAUGUGUGGUUCCCCAGGCCAUAGAGUGAGUGGCAUCGUGUUCCAGUGGGGGACUGGUUUGGCAUCAUCUGGACGACGGUCAUCCCUCAGGCAGACUCUCCCAUUAUUUUUGACAGCAAAGGAACCAAGCAGAGUUACAGGCCUAGAGAAUUCUAAAGCAAUAUGUGUUCUUGCUGGCUCAGACCACUCAGCUUCAUUAACAGAUGCAGGAGAGCUGUAUGUUUGGGGAAGUAACAAGCAUGGGCAACUGGCUGCUCAGGCUGCUUUUCUUCCUGUGCCCCAGAAAAUAGAAGCACAUUGCUUUCAGAAUGAGAAGGUCACUGCCAUCUGGAGUGGGUGGACACACCUGAUUGCUCAGACAGCUUGUAAGAAGUUCUGGUGGGCUGCUGAAGCAAAGGCCUUUGAAGCAGUGCCUGAUGGAGCAGAAACCGGCAAGGUAUUCACCUGGGGCCGAGCAGACUAUGGUCAACUAGGGAGGAAAUUGGAGUCUCAUGAUAGCUGGAAACUAGAAAAACAGGAUUCAUCCUUCCCUUGCUCGAGACCACAGAACAGCCCACUUUCAUCUCUGCAUUGCCUUACAGGAGCAACUGAGGUGGGGUGUGUCACUCCUGGGGCUGGAACGAGCAUGGCAUGUGUGGGGAUGGCACCGAAGCCAACGUCUGGGCCCCAAAGCCUGUGCAGCUUCUGCAGUCAGCAUCAGGACUCCUUGUGGGAUGUGGCGCUGGCCACUCCCUGGCCCUCUGUCAGCUGCCAGCAUAUCUUGCACUGGGCCAAGAUCCCAGGGCCACCUGCUCUCCCCUGGAUGCCACGGAGGACACCAAAUCUCAGGAAGGCAUGGACAAAAGGAGAAACUGGAAGGAAAGACAAUCAGAAACUUCAGCCCAAAGCCAUUCUGACAAUCCCAGGAGUGAAGGGCUGUGAUAGACAACCUAAUAAAGUGGCUUUUUUUCUCCAAAAGUUUUUCUGGAGACUGACUUUGUUGGGUUAUGGGAUUGACCUGAGAAGGACGUGGAGGCACAGCUCAUUGAGCUGACCACAAACCAGAACAGCAGAGGCUGUUUUCCCAGUAUCUAGGCUUUUAAGGAGAACACAUCCCUUUUAUUCAGUGAAGGAUGGGUCCCCACAAAAGGACAUGAAAAUCUAAAAUUCCAGCAGAAGGUUCCAGCCUCUCCCUGCCUGGUAGAGCCAGAAAACCCCACACUAGUGCCAUGACUGUUUUGGUCCAGCAGUGUUUAAUUCAGCUAGACAGAGGGUUCCUUGGUCAUGCAGAAGCAGCCAUAAACCCAUGCUGGGGUUUCACUCUAAGGGACAGAGCUUGCAGUUUGUCCAUUCAAGAAUACUGAGGUGUUUCACCUGGACACUUUGAAAGGAAGGUGCUUUCAUCUUGCUAGCUAGGGCCAAGGGAAAGAGGGCUGGGGUAUGGGGUCAUGGAAUGAGUAAGUAGAUAAAAGGACAUGACUCUUGGAAAGACCCAGAAGAGGAGUCCCUGGGAAAACUAAUCUCAAACCAAUGAAACCCUCAGAAGUUUCAUCAUCAUCUAAGCCAGGCAGGACUCUGGAGCCAACCUGGGUGAUUAUAAUGGCUAACGUGGAUAGUUUCGGACCUGGGGUCUGUGAUGAGUAAGGUCCAGUGACUUUAAGAAGUUAAGAAUCCUAAAACAUCAAAGCUGGAGGACCCUUAAUCACCAUCUAGUCUAAUGAACCUUCAAAUUGCAUUCUUCAGAGCCCCAUUGAGUCUUCUGAGAAUUCAGUGGCUCCUUUAUGGACUACAAGUAAAGGAGGCCAAGUAGACAAAGGACUGGAUUACCCACCUCCACUUUUUUCAAAGAAGCUUCAGUUCUACCUAUAUAUAAUGUAUUUAGCAUCAUAUAAGAUUUCUUUAGAUGAUGGAGUCCUUGAGAAAGUUUAAAAACUAUUCAUCUUAUCCAACAUUUUCAUUGUUGUAGGAAAAUGGAGGCCUACAGAGGGGGCAGGACCAUCUCAAGGCCAUACACUUCACUCCUGAUCCAGGGUCCUUACUGGGAAGUGACCUCAUCCAAGGUCUUGAGCCAGACAAGAGUUGGGCAGAGAGCAGCCUUGGGGCCAGAAGUGAGUUCAACUCCUAAGAGUAUAGAGGAGGACAAUCCUGAGCUCCUACAGGUCUGAACCUGGAGCACCAAUAGGCUGACCUUAAGCACCAAUUCAUGGGGUCCUACUCCCAGUCCUGCAUCCUAGAAACAUGGCAAAGUCCUUGAUCUUCAUCUCUCACAGCCAACAGAGGUCAAUAUACCCUGUCUACACACUGAAUUGGAUUUGCCAAGGUGACUGAGUUCACAGAAAUGGAAAAUUGAAUGGUCCAGAGAUGAUACAGCCAAGGUUACUGACAACUGCCCCCGGCCUGUAGGCUGAAUGGUCUGCAUCAAACAGGCUGAAAAUCAAUCACACCUGGAAUAGUACUGAGGCCCGUAUUUGCUAGUCAGAGUUUCCAUUAGCAAGGAAUAAUUUAAGCUCUCUCAUAUGGUUACAGUGCAGGGCUCCCUCCUACUUCUUUGAGUACCUGCUGGAAGAAACCAAAAUCUCAAGUCAUCUGUUGCUGAAUCCUAAUGUGUCUCCCAAAUUCUCCUUAUGAACAUCAAAAAGAAGUGCCUCAGGCUCCUUCUUAGGCUGAAUAGGAUCAGGUGGUGUAUCAGCCUUAAGCCUGUUGAUCUAGAACCUCAGACUCUUAGAACUGAGACAAAUCCUUCUUGAAGCAGGCAGGGCACCAGAUAGUCCAUAAGCAGGAGAAUGAUUGGCUUUUGGCACCAAAAGACACCAUAGGCCACCCAGUCACUUUAGAGUCUUCCUUUUACCCCUCCUAACAGCAGCAUCAACAGAAAGGCUCUCUCCAAAUCACUUCACUUAUUGGUUUUGAUGAGUCUGAAGGUUCUUGUUACACAAUGAGUAAGGAAGUGUCAACAAGGGUCUCCUAGAUUUUUUUCUGGACCCUCUAAUUUCUAUUGGUCAUUCUCAGACUUUGUAAAUGUCUACUCCCCCAUUUCUGUUAGACCAUGAGCUCUUUGAAAACAGAAGACCAGGUCUUAGUCAAUUCUAAAGCACCUUCACUAAGUGUUGGUCCUAGUACAGAAGUGCCCAAUAAAUGCCCAAUAAAUGAAUGAACUCAUUAGUGUACCGUUAGGGUCACCCUGAAGUUGGGGGAGGAGGUGUAAAUGAGUGGCCUUUGCAAUACCUUCAUCCUUACCCAUCUUCUGUUUUAUCCCACUAAUAAAUGAACUAUGCUGUGGAAUCAUAGUUAUUUGACAGUCAAUUAAGGUUAAUAUAUACCACCUGGUUAACUAAUGAGCUAGCUUGAGAAAAUGCCCAUUCAUUUUUAAAAUUACUUUUUUUCUGAUCAACUAAGUAAAUUAGUUCAAGAGCUGAACAAGCCCCCGCCCCACCCAUUGUGUGCUCACAGGUCUUUGGCCUGACCCCUGGGGUGAUUGUUGAAAGUCCAGCAUGUACUGGAUAUUGGUGGGAUGUGUCCAUCCCUAUCUACCACACUCACUCUUCCUUCCUGAUCACAGGCACCCCAUCUUCCCUUGAACCCCCCACCACCACUCUUGGCCCUGGUUGGUUGUGAGAGCCAUCAGACCAACCAUAGAUGAAAUGGUGCUUGUGAAUCCAGGCCUGUUGCUCAGAAUAAAGCCCUCCCACCACUCCAAGCCCUUCUGCACUUCUGAGUGAAAUGACUUAGUGAUGGAUGGAAGUUGAGAGUUAGCAUUCAAAGUUAGUGGGGACGUGGUGGGGAUGUUACAAAGAGAGGGUUCCAAGUCCUCAGGCACAUAUGGGUAACUGCUAUAAAUUCAGACUUUCAGAGUGACUGGAGCACACAAAGGGAGGUGGGCAUGAGGAGCAGAGAUUGGGGAGGCUGGUAGCCUCUAUAAAAACUAAUCAAGGGAGCUUAAACUUCAUUGUUAGGGCAGUGAGAUGUUUAAGAAAGAGAGUAAAGUUGUCCCUCUGUGUGUGGGAGAAAAGGCAGGAUGUGAAGUGACCCCUGCUUGUCAUACCCAUCCAUGGUGCUCCAUGAAGAAGGUCAGGAGGCCAAGUCCUGAGAGCCUGAGAUUUAGGACCAGCAACUCUAGUAUUCCUAUCAGUUGCACCUCUCAGGGUCAUCCCCAGGAAGCCUCUAUUAUCUUGAGUCAGAUUAACCUAAGCUCUGGGGUCAGAUAACUUGUGUUAAAAUCUUGACUUCAUCAUUCAUUGGCCAUAUGGCUUGGGCCAGUUACUUUACUCCUUUGUACCUUUUUCUCUUGUCUCUAAAAUGGGACUAUUUUGAGCUAUCAUUAGACAACAUUUCUAAGAUGUCCCCCCACCAUGUAGAUAUGCAGUGUAUAUUAAUCUCCUUUCUCCAGGAGCUACUGUGUCCCUGGAAACCCAUAUUCCCAAAGACUUGGUGUUCACCAGAGGCUCUUCUUUGAUGGCAGAUCCUUGGGGAGCAUAAACAUUUUCUUGUCAUGGCCCCUUAGCCACCUAACCCCUGGGCAGAAGCUCCACCCUCCCCAUACACUCUGUUCUUAGACUUCACAGGGCAUCAGGAAGUUUAGAAAAUACUUUGAGGAGAUAAGAAACUAUUAGAUGAAAAUUUAGCACCCUCCUCUGCCUCCCACCCACUCUUCAGAUCAUUGAUUCAGGUCAUGCUGGGAGGUGUCCAAGGAACUGAAACCAGGGGAAUACGGACACUCACUUAUUAGUAGCCCUGGAAAGAUCAUUUUCCUCUCUGGGCCUCAUUUCCUUCUCUCAAAAAAUGCUCAGAGGUUGACUGCCCUGACCUUCAGGAGCUUUCCACCCGCAUUCAUCAAGUCUCUAAUGAAUAGGAAAAAGUGUUGGAUCUGCCACUCUGCCCCACACCGAAAUCAAGUGAACAACCGAAGCAAAUCAAGAUCCCUGGGAGGUGACUGCACUCCUUCCAAGAUGCCCUCAGAUUGGGAGAAAGGGUAUUCAAUGAAGUGGGUCACCAGGCCCUGCAAGGAUACAUUUAGCUAGGGCACCCAGACCUGACAGUCAGAUCUCUGUCUCGGGCUUCAUCAGAUACAACAAUGGCCCUAAGAGGGAGGUGACCAAGGUCUGCAUGGAUUGUGGGAGCAGGAUGUGCACUGACAUGGCCAGAUUCAAGGAUGCAUCAACAUAGCAUGAUUCAGGGAGAAAGCUCCAUGACAGGUAACUCCCUAGAGGAUGUGCUGGGUUUUUGUCAGAUCUUCAUACACUCUGUGCCUCUGGGAACUGUCCCCUGCCCAAAAGGAUGUGUAGUGCAAGGGGCCACCCUGCCCAGUCCCCUCGCAUGGGGCAACUUUCUCCUAGGGCUUAGCUUUCCCCCAGUGAGCAGACCACAGCACUUCAAGGUGGGUCCUUGAGAUUAGCAUAGUCAGGGCCUAGGCUUAUCCCAGCCCAGCCAUGGAAGAGAAUCGCGACACUGCCUGAAGGCAAUAAAAACCCGAAUCCAUGCUUCAUCUCAGAAGUCAGCUUUUUAUUUCCGGGUCCAGGGCCCGGGGAGGGGAGUUUGUUGAGCUAAAGCAUCGUUGCUCUCUUUCCAGGAAAUGUUGUGAGCUGCAGUGAAAGCUCGAGAUGUUGCAUUUUUUUUCAACUCAAGCAUGUGUUUUUCAAAAAUAUCAUCCUUCUCCCCCCCCCACACUAAUUUUAGAAUCAGACCAAAGCCAAGCUACUGUCCUCUGUUUCUGUUGGGAAAAUACUAUAUUUAUUCGAGAUGCAGAAGCGUGUCUCUGCAAACCUCCAAUUGCUUCAGGAAAACAAAUCUGCUUUAGACUAUACAGAAACCAUGAUACAAAAUUUAUUUCAUGCUCGAAUCGCUUUGCAUAACAUUGGGCAUGCAGUUUUUUACUCUGAAGUACUAAAUUGCAUACAUCGCCAGGUUGUGCCUUGGUAAAGGUGGAGGAGGUUGCCCCUCCUGUGGUCCUGAACUUUUGGUGCUCUACAUCCUGGUUUUAAAAUAACACUUGGAAAAUCCAUACGGUGCUGAUUAUUUACUAUGAACAAUUUAUUAUGAAAGUUGGUCACACUGGAUCUACACACCGAUAUGAUGAGAGAUUCAACCUAGACUAGCCGCUGCCAGGGGUCUUGGGGAGACGUCCGCUGGGUCACAAGCAUGCCAAACAGAGAGGGAAGAAGGCGGCAGUGCGAGUUUUCACAAUUCUAUUUGGAGCAAAGUUCUCAGUUUCCGUGUGAGAGAUGAACUAUGAAGGUGAGGUCAAUAUGACCAAUGACUGACCGACUGCCCUUUUUGGAACCUUUACUCUCGAUCUUGUGUACAAAAGGAGAAGUAAUUUGUUCCCCAUCUCCAUCCUUCCUCCCCGGUCCCCCACUCCCAGAAAUGUACAGGUUUCUACUGAACGCUGUUACAAUUUGGCUCCAACAAUGUGUGUAAAAGUAAAGAGCUCUGAAAGAAAA